UUGAGCUUUGACUCGGCCCAUUGAGCCUAUCUACUCCACUCUCGACUCCCAUGGCCAUAUGGCCGAUAAUAAGCUAGUCAUCAUCGCUCUACUGUUAGUCUGCUUUCCAACUGGGUGUCAUCACUUCGAAAGCGAUUCAUUUCAAACGACGAGUGAGGAAGAGGGAGAGAGAGAGAGAAAUUUGCGUGCAUUUGUUCUUGCUGACUUCUGAGGCGUAAUAACUCGCGCCAUUAAUUUCUCAACGACCCAAAACUUAUCAUAUUCAAUUCUGUAGUACUACUCAGUCAGUGUCAGCAGGGGAACCCGGGGCUAGCCUCUAUUUUCUCAGUCCCUUAUGGUAAAGUUUGGUAAAAAAGUUACCUCGCAAAAUUUUGAAAUGGAAAGUGCCCAUCUUUCAAAUGUGGGCAAUCUCACAGAAACAACUGAAAAACACACAGCCCAUUUAAGGAAGAAAACAAAAAGACUCUCUCUUUAUCUCUUACCUUUUCUCACCCAUGUGUCAAAUAAAUAUUUUUUGUCUAGUUUUUACGUACUGAGCACCACAUUUAAGAGUCAUUUUUUGAUAUUUUGUGUGAAUGAAAUGAAAAGUAUCGUUAGUAUUUAUGGAGGAAGAAGUUUGAGAGUGUUUCUUUUCUGGGUUUUGGGGAAAAGAAGAAAAUAAGAUUUAUAUAUAUAUAUAUAUAGAGAGAGAGAGAGAGAGAGAGAGAGAGAGAGAGAGAGAGAGAAAUAAUGCGUGGUUUCAUUGUAGGAGGAGUUGGAGAUGAUGAUGAAGCAGGUGGGAAGAGAGAGAACGGAGAUUCUUGGACUGGCUUGCUUGUUCAUGGUCAACACAGGCGCUCUAAGAGUGCUUCUGACAGGAACUCUAAUGGUUUGAAAGGUGGAUUUUUAAGUACCUCAAAUGACAAGAAUGAAAAAGAUGUAUCACUUCCUUCAACAAGUGCUUCUAAUGGACGUAUAUCGCUCCAUGAAAACUCUACUUACAUUAACAAGAAUAUGUCAUCAAAGCACCGAGCCUCCUUGGAAAAAGAUAUUGAGCAGUUGCAGUCGCGUUUGCAGCAAGAGAAAUCAAUGCGCAUUGUUCUUGAGAGGGCUAUGGGUCGAGCUUCAAGUACUUUAUCUCCUGGACAUAGACAUUUUGCUGCUCAGCAACAGACAAAGGAAUUGAUUGCUGAAAUUGAGUCACUUGAAGAAGAAGUUGCAAACCGCGAGCAGCAAGUUCUCACUCUCUAUAGAAGUGUAUUUGAGCAUAGUGUGAGCAGACCGCCAUCUGAGCAGAACUCAGUUGUGGUUUCUCCUGCACACCCAAAGCAUGAAUCCAGGAAACAUCCAAGUAUCAUUUCGAGUGCAUUCUGUUCCUCUAAAAAUUUCCCUUUCCGACCAUUGCAAGCUCUAGUUUCUAUAGAUGACCCGGGGAAAAGACACUCCAAAAUUGGUCAGGCACAGUUAUCUGGUGGUAGAGCUCACAUUGAUUCUGCAAAGAGUUGUCCAGGCUUACCGAAGGUUCGGCCAAUGGAGAAAACUUCUAUACUGAGAACUCUCAGAGAUCAUCUCCACCAGUGCCCAAGCAAGUUGUCUGAGGAAAUGGUCAGGUGUAUGGCUGUUGUCUACUGUUGGCUUCGCAGUGCAGCAUCUGUAAAAACUGAGAAAAACAGAUCACCUAUGUUGUCAAGGUCCUCCACCAAUGUUGUACAGCCUCGACGUGGUGUUGGGGAGGACCAAGAUUGGUCUGGAAAAUCCACAGUGGAAAUAUUAUGGAUAUCAACUGAAAAAGGCCAAUUUUCUCACGCUUCUUAUGCCAUUAACAACUACAGAGUCUUAGUUGAACAGCUGGAGAGAGUGAAUGUCAGUCAGAUGGAACCCAAUGCCCAGAUUUCAUUUUGGAUCAACGUCUACAAUGCUCUUGUUAUGCAUGCAUAUUUAGCAUAUGGCAUUCCCAGCAGCUCUUUAAGAAGAUUGGCCUUGUUUCAUAAGGCUGCUUACAACAUUGGUGGCCGUGUUAUCAGUGCAAACACCAUAGAGCAAUCAAUAUUUUGCUUUCGAACGCCCCGGGUUGGAUGGUGGCUUGAAACCAUCCUUUCAGCUGCCUUAAGGAAAAAAUCUGGCGAAGACAGACGACUCAGUUCAACAUUGGGCCUUCCGAAUUCCCAACUCCUUGUCUGUUUUGCCCUCUGCACUGGAGCUUUUUCUGAUCCUGUGUUGAGAGUCUACACAGCCUCAAAUGUUAGAGAAGAAUUGAAUGAAGCUAGAAGAGAGUUUCUCCAAUCAAACGUAUUAGUAAAGAAGUCAAAGAAAGUAUUUGUACCAAAGAUGAUUGAAAGAUAUGCAAGAGAGGCAUCGUUUAGCUCGGAUGAUCUUUUGAAAUGGAUCACUGAAAAUGUUGACAAGAAGCUCCAUGAUUCGAUACAGAAAUGUCUCGAAUGUAAGUCCAUUAAGAAGGCAUCUCAGAUCAUAGAAUGGUUGCCUUACAGUUCCAGGUUUCGGUAUGUGUUCUCGAAGGACCUAACCGAGAAGCCAUGGUGGCUGUGACUCAUUGAGGCUUUUCAAAUUCUCAGCUUGAGCCAUUGACAGCUUCUUGGUAGUAGGUACAAGUUAUUUAUCAUACUCGGUGAAUUAGUAUAUACCUUUCAUUUACCUUCUUCAUCUUAAUAUGCUUCAUCUGAUCUUGAUUUUCUCAGCUGCCACUGUGUAACCUACAAUCCAAAGUUAAUCCUGGUGUGGUUCGUUGUAAUUAACUCAGUAGUUUCAGUAUUGAUCUUACUAGAAAGUGUUUGGUGCUUAAUGGUUCAUUGUAAUUAACUCAAUAGUUAGUAUUGCUUGAUGAUUUUGGUUUA